AUGUUACACGAGCAGCCACGGCAGCUCACGAAGGGGCUAUUCAAGGAAGUGGGUCUUGCUCGUGAUAUCAAGAGGUUACACUUCGAUGAUUUCGUUCUGUGCGUGGUGACCGUCGCGACUUGGUCCAAAAGCGAGUUGCUCCAUUACGCGUUCAAACAAUUUGACGUGGAUGAUUCUGGGGUGAUGGAUAGUCGUGAGCUUCGUGCAUUUUGCGAAGGCCUCAAGAACGAUAGCAGCUUUUACUUCGCCAAGAAUGUCAAUAUAGCUCGCGAAAAAAUUGCUGCACGUGACCGGAAACACCAAAAUCAGGAGUCAACGCGACAGCUACACAAGAGUCUUUUGGGGCAGAUCCAGAUGGAUAACAGCGCUGAGGAAAAUACCAUCGUUGAUCUUGAGGACUUGGUGAAAGGAUCUACCGAAUUCCAAGUAGCAUUUUAUCCGCUGAUGCAAUUGCAGCAAAAUGUACGUGCUUGUGCACUCGGCGAACAUUUCUGGGCAAGAGUCACAGUACGUCGUCAGCAGGUUGAAGUGAUCGUCAAGUACAUGGGGCAUCGCGGUGGAAAAUUACCUUCAAUCUCGUUUUUGACCCGCAUCGUGGCAUACAUGUUACCGUUUUCACAAGCACACGCGAAAGUGUUGGUUCAUAAGUUGGCAGUCCUCAAGUACGCGGAAGAGCGACGAAAAAGACAGGAAGAAGCCAAUGCUCGAGCAGAGGCGAAGGCCCAGCGAUUGGCACAAGAGAGUAAGGCAUAUCCAGAACCCUUGCAACCAUAA